UUGCGAAAAUUUAGAUUUGUGUCAGUUGUGGCAGACAAUGAGAACGCAGUGAAAAAGUCCAGGCUCGUUCAGGGGGUGGAUGACUCCGAAACUUCUUCUGGCGCAACUAAUGGAGUGCUCGCUAAAGAUUCUGAAGAAAGCAGCUGUUGUGAGGAAAACAGGAACAUACUAGCUAUUGUUGAGAAGAUGGAGGUUGAAUCACGUGCUGUGGAGCGUUUGGUACUGCAUUUAAACUCCAUGUGUAGAAGCGGUUUCGCCCCAACGGAUGGAUCAUUGGAAAAGAAGGUCAAAUUCCAACUAUUCGAUAUUCUGUCUGAGCUUCGUUCCCAAAAAUUAGUGAUCCAUUCAUUGAGACUUAGGCUCGAGGAAGCGUUGCGUUACGAAGGGGAUAAAUGUUCAUAA